CACGUCCGCACUGGGAGGGCACCAUUGUACCCGCGCAGUCGAAAGGAAGGAGCUUCUUCAACAGACUGCUUCAUAAUACAGGUGUAUAUCAGAAACCAUGACAACCAACACGCGAAAGCCUGUUGCCCUGGUAACGGGAGGCGGGAGCGGCAUCGGCCGUGCCACGGCGGUCAGGUUUGCUGAGCUCGGGUACAGCUGUGUGGUGGCUGAUGUCGACGAGCAGAGCGCCAAGGAGACAUUGGGCAUGCUCCAAACUCCGGGCAUCGCCGUGCAGGUGGACGUCACCAUGGCAACAAGCGUGGAAGCCAUGGUAACCGCGGCGGUUAAGCGCUUCGGGCGGAUCGACUGCGCCUUUAACGGGGCCGGGACAGAGGGAUCAUACGCAAAAAUCGCGGAUCACCCAGAAGAGGAGUUCGACCGCGUCAUGGGCGUGAACGCCAAGGGCGUGUGGCUGUGUCUGAAGUACGAGAUCGCCCAGAUGCUGCAGCAGGAGCCCGUCGUGAGCGACCCGGCUAGAUGGGCCGACAAGCCGGACGUGUGCCGCUUCCGCGGGGUGCGGGGCAGCAUCGUCAACGCCAGCAGCGUGGUCGGUCUGAGCGGCUUUCAUUACCUUAGUCCCUACUGCGCAUCUAAGUGGGCCGUCCUGGGGAUCACCGAGACAGCCGCAAUGGAGUACGCCAAGGACGGGAUACGUGUGAACGCCGUCUGUCCAGCGCUGACCGCUACUCCCAUGCUGGAUCGAAUCAAAGAAAAGUUGCCACCAGACCUUCGUGGGCAAGAAGACCCAAAGUGGUAUCCAUUCGGUCGCCUGGCGGCACCCGCGGAGAUUGCAGAGGCCGUAUGCUGGCUGUGCAGCGACGCCUGUCCGUUCACUACAGGAGAGCACCUGAAAAUCGCAGGGGGGAUGUGAAGGAUCCUAUAGUAUAAAGCUGGUCUGUGCAACACACAAGCUCUCACUGUCAAGGAUUUCAUGUAGCCCCUCUUGCAGGAAGAUCGCCGAAGGGCUCCUUUAUGUCACACUGCAUGUGAACAAAUAAAAGUUCAUGAAACAUACGUUCCGUUUUAUUAUGCUUCGUGAAUUUACUAUACUAAAGCGCGUCUGUGUGUACUGGUGUGUGUAUUUGUGUGCAUGAUAAUAACGCAACACCACUGCGUGGCCAGGGAUAAUAA